UUUGCAAAACUAACGGCUUCUGUUGUUUGAUUUGUGAAUUCUAUAGUAGCAUGGUUCAUAAGGAAUAUAUGUGACCUGGUCUACGAAAAGGGGGCUUACGUUCGAAAAUAAGUUUUCGAGAAAAUCGCUGUUAAAGAUAAACAACUCGGUUCGUCAGUUUCUCGUUAGUUGUUCUCUUUUUUCUACGUUGGCCGGGGUUGAAAAAUGUCAAAAUUUUGUUUCAGCUCAGAAUAUUAUCGUAGUUAAUCGCGUAAGUUGCUAGUUCGGAUUUCUAAACAAGUAACACUAAAGAAGUGAUUUGGCCGUUUUUUUCGUAAUGACGUUUAUGUAAUCGUUUCUGUUGGUCUUUCGCAUCACAAAAAAAUAACGAAAAAUGAGUGUUGAUGAGGAGUUCAGUGCCGUGUACAGACAAUAUUUUCUUGAAAACGAUGAAGACAACGUCCAGGACAAUGGCAUGUCCGACAACGAUCUUAAUUCGAAUGGUGAUGAUGAUUCACUACAUUUCUCUCAGGCAGAAGAUAAUAUGGAACAAAGUUGGGUUAGCUUAGAGUUGUCUGUUGUCGAUGAAAAGGAAAAGGAGCUGGUAACCAAUUUUCUCUCAAAAGAUUGUUGUAAUAAUAAAUGCCAUACAAUGAUACCACAAAAAAUGAUCGAGAAUACGAGAAACAAUUGUUUAGAGAUAUCAAAAAAUGAACUCGACUUAGUGAUAUUAAGUCGUAUCGAAGCCGGAAAGAUGUGUAACGAGGAAUUAGAAAGUGUUUAUUUAAAGCUUGCUGGUCGGAAGAAAUAUGGACAAAGAAAGGAUAGAGAAACUAGGAGGCAUAAGAUCGAAUUUACCUUCUACAACGUACCUGUUUGUCAUUCGUUUUUUCUUUUUGCACAUGCAUGUGGGAAGAAGCGUUACGAACACUUAGUACAUCAUUUUCAAGAACACGGUGCAACAGUACGACUACAUGGACUAGCAAAUAAAGAAUGUACAAAUCCGAAAUCGUUUAAACCGGCCGAUAUCCAAAAAGUUGUCAAAUUCAUUGAGUACACAGCCGAUUUAUUGGCUGUUCCACUGCCCGGAAGACUUCCACAAUUUAAAGAUUAUCGUGUCAUGAAAUUGCCAUCGAACGAGACAAAGUCUUCAAUUUAUCGAAAGUACAUUGCUUCACUCAAUAAUGACGAAUUGAAUAUGACUAAUCAAAGUUUUCGACGCAUAUGGAACAAGUACAUACCCUAUGUUACAGUAAUGAAACCAGCGGAUGAUCUCUGCGAUUUCUGUCGUGAAAACACGCUAUCUAUUGCGCAAGUCAAAAACGUUCCUGACAUUGAACGAGAACAGAAGCUGAAUAAAUUUCUCAAUCAUCUUCACAAAGCUCGAAAUCAACGAGCAUAUUAUCAAAAUUGGUGUGAACAUACUGAUGAUACGGCAAAGGUUCUGUCAUUCGAUUUUGCUCAAACGGUCCGUUACCCCGUCAGUCCACAACAACCCGCUACGGCUUACUUUAAAGCAACGAAGAAGUGCGCACUCUUUGGAAUUACAGACGAAAAACAAAAAGUUCAGGUUUGGAUUUCAAACUGUGUCAUACGAACUCAAAUUCCUCGGUUUUUACAAGGUCUUGCUUAUAAUUCUUUUUUACAGUAUAAUUACUUAAUAGACGAAAAAGAUGACGUGGGCAAAGGACCGAACUGCGUUGUGAGCAUUCUGCAUUAUCACCUGCAAACCUACCGUAAGGAUAUAGAAACACUUGUUUUUUUCUGCGACAAUUGCGUUGGGCAGAACAAAAAUAAUGUUCUGCUGUCGUAUUUGCAAUGGCGACUGGCUCGAGGACUUAACAAAACGGUUUUAUUAAAUUUCCUGCUUACUGGUCAUAGGAAAUUUACGUCCGAUCGUUUCUUCGGCAUUUUUAAGGCCAAGUACGCCAUCAGUAACAUCGACACGUAUGAAGAUUUACUGAAGUGCGUGGUACAAUCGUCACCAGGUGGUUAUAAUAAAGUUGUAUCCUCCGAGAAAGUUGUUUGGUAUGAAUGGGACAGCUAUCUUAAACCAUUCUAUAAAUCACUGAUUGGCAUAACACAAUUUCAUCACUUCAUAAUCACUACGGACUAUGUAAAACCGAAGCAAUUCGCAGACAGUGAGGACGUCCAGUCGUUUCAGCUCCUGUUAAAACCUAUCGAUGGUCGAAUGCCGGAAAUUAUACAACCAACUGGUUUAUCUUUAGAACGGCAGUGGUAUAUCUAUAACAAUCUUCGCAGCUUAGUUUCGGAUGCAAGUAAAGUAGAUAUGGUAGCUCCAUUAUCCAAGAGAGAGUUGGCAUCGAAGAAACGAAAUGUUAGUGAUGUUCUCAAACCAGAAGCGGAACAAGAUCCAUCUUCCUCACAACCUACAUGUAAAAAGGUUUCAAAAAAGACGACGACGAACAAAAAUACAAAAACUACUUAGUAUUGUAAAAUAUAUGCGUAGAAUAUGUUGUUUUGGCCUAGAAUACAUUUUUCGGGAGUAUAAUCAUAUUUUUUAUCUUAUAAUUCGAUGUAUUUUUCCAGCAAAAAUUUCUGUUUUUUUUCGUAUUUGUACUCCACUUCCUCUUCAUUUUUAGUGAACUUUUAAAUAAGUCACGACUUUUUGGUUUUCACCAUUGGAAAGAGAGUCUGAAUCGGUAGAAAAGUGGAAAAUGAUUUUUUGACACCUAAGCCCCUUAUUCGUAGACCAGGUCACAUAUUAUUAAAAAAAUCACUAUUAAAUUGCGAACAUUUCUGAUGGGAACGAUUUUUAACAUUUUCAAAAAUAUGUCUAUUACCACUUAACUGAGAGAGAUGGAAUUUUUUUCGUAUUCUUGUUGACCUCUCAUCCAGUACCCUUCACCUUCUAGAACAGAUGUACAAAAUUAGUCAGUAUUGAAUGAUACAUUUUAUAACAUUAACAUUUACUGUCCUAAAGUGUUACAAAUGGAGAGUUGAGAAAGACGCGUAAUAUUGGUAAAGCAAUAAUGGAGACAAUGAAUUGUUAAUUCCGAAUUUAAGUUGGUGAUUUCAUAAGAUGCAAUCGAUUGGAGUAACAUGUACCAAAUAAAUUAUGGCCAUUUUGAUAAAUUGUACAUCCAUGCCCAUUCUCAUAAAUAAUUUUUGUGUGUUUUUAGAAAUCGAACUUAAUUGAUACUUUCUAGUUCUAGGUCGAGUGUUAGUUCUAGCUUUACACUAGCACUAUCACUAGAACUAACACAAGACCUAG